UGAUGUAAGGCUCUCAUAUGCCUUUCAUCAAAUGAUAACUAGAUAAUGGAGGGUAUGUGAACGAACACCGUACUGGUAUGCACAGGCGUGGUGCAGUUUCGGAAAAUGAUUUUGUCCAAUGGGCGAGUUGGGUUUCACGUCGCUAUCAGCAACAUACCAACAAUAUCACGGAGGGGGACAUCGGUCAUUCACACAUGGAUUCUGUACAAGGAGCAAUGGCCUACGUAUACAGUCUAAGACUUGUCGUCUUGCAGUGUUGGAUAUAUUACCUACAUGCAGCGGUGACAACAUUCUGCACACCUACAUUUGAUGGUCGGUACGGAGGAACGUUACUGAACUGUAGUGGGCUUCAUCUCAAGUCCGUGCCUGUAAAUCGGGGACGUAAUGUCACCAGCCUCGACUUGAGAAACAACCAGCUGCAGUCUCUGGAUAACAACAGCUUUAUUUCAUACCCCGACCUGAAAGGUCUCCAGUUGGACAACAACGUGAUAAAUCAUAUGGAUUCGGGGGCUUUUUCUGGGAUACAGGGCCUCGAGACACUAAGUAUGAAAUCGAAUAAAUUAAGAAUGGACACCAAUACCUAUCCAGAUGACAUCUUUGUCCCCCUAAUAAAUGUAAAGGAACUGCACUUGAAAGGGAACGAUGCAUAUGCCGUGGGUUUUACAAUGAUAUAUCCAGACAAGGCAUUCAGCAAACUUGUGAACCUUCAGUAUUUAUCCCUGGAUAGCUCAGCAAAGAUAGUAUUUAAAAGUGGAUUUGAGAAACUGAUAAAUCUUCGAACUCUUGUGCUUGGAUCAAGUGCAUUAUAUAAUGACAAAGAAAACAGUUGUAGUCUGAAGGAAAUAGCAAAUGACACAUUUAGUUCAUUUCGAUCAACAAAUCUCUCUACUCUUAUAUUGGAUCUAUGUAAUCUUUUUCAUAUUGAAACAUAUGCAUUUGAACCAUUGCAUAAUUUAUCGAUUCUUUCGAUGGAAGCUGUUGAUUGGUUAAAUCCUACUGCGGCAUUCAAGUCAUUGGCUGGUUUACGAGGAAGAAAUAUGACGCUCCUGAACAUGCGCCACGUAUUUGUCUCAGGGCAAAUGACACAGGAUGAACUGGCUAUGACAAUGCUAACAAAGGAGACAGUACAACACUUGGGUGAUAUUUGUGUUGAAGUGGUUGACAUAAGCGAUAAUCAAAUUUACUAUAUAGAAACCGCAGGUCUUUUCGAUUCACUUUUUUCGACUUGCAUCAAGCACUUUGAUUUAUCAGAUAACAGGCUCAUUGGACGAGUAUCAAUGUAUGACUUACAUAAAUUUUCGAAUUUGGUUUACAUGGAUAUCUCAGUGCAUGUGACGUCUCAAAAUAGAUUUACAUCCUCUGGCCUCUUGUCCUCGUCUUUAAGUCGUACUCCAGAUGGACAUUAUAACGUACAGCUCCCUAAAACCCUGCAGGCGUUCAAUAUCAGUAAUAUAAGCACAGUAGGAGAAGUGAAUGCAGGAAUUCGUUGCUGCAACUGCACCAGUUUGCGUGUGCUUGAUAUAUCAUUUUUAGAAAUGAAUUCAUUUAACUAUCCAUUGUUGGGCCUUGAGCAUCUCUCAGAAAUAAAUCUGUCGGGUAAUGAUAUUAGAAAUAUUAUGGGAGCAUUUUUUGAUACUUUUAGUGGGUUACGAAUUCUUAAGUUGAAUUAUGUGAAUGCUGACAGUCUUUUCCUCACAACAAAAGGCAAGUCACUAUUUAAGAAGCUAACAAAUCUCCAAAACAUACAUCUUACACAUUCAUCAAUAGACUUUUUGCCAAAUGACAUAUUUUCCGAAAACUCUGAUCUCAAACACAUCAAGCUAUCUAAUAACAAUUUCAAAGAUAUACCUUUCGAUCUCUCUCACUGUCCCAAACUGUCCUCACUUGAUAUGGCUUACAAUUCUAUUUCUACUCUAACUCCUCCCGAACGCGGUAUGCUGCAAACAUUGUUUCAGAACAAUAACAUGUCAUUGUACCUUCACGGCAAUAUACUAGCGUGCGGCUGUAGCAGCAUAGAUUUUAUUGAGUGGUUGCACAGUGCCCCCCUGAACCUUGACAGGGAUGAAUACGAAUGUGUUGCUGAGAAUGGAAGUCUUACGACGACACUGACUGUGUUCCUCAAUAGAACAAUGGUUUGGAGAAAAUGCAUUGGUAAACUACUUCUCUCUGUGACUUUGACAAUUACAAUGUUACUAGGCUUUGUACUGGUCUCGUCGAUUCUUGUUCAUAUGAACUGGACAAAGGUGCAACGAUACAUAAUCAAAGCAUUAGGACUUGUUAAUGAAGAACCGCAGGCGAAAAGAGAGGAUUUCCAUUAUGAUGCGUACAUUGGGAGUUCGGAAACGGACUGGAUCUACGUAUACGGGGAAAUGAGAGACAUGUUGGAAUUAAGGUUUGGAUUACGUCUUUUCUUGCAUCAUCGAGAUACUGUGCCUGGUGGAAAUAUCGCUGAAGACAUUAUUAACGGGAUACAUUCUAGCUGGAGAAUAGUCCUUGUCAUAUCUCAGGACUUUCUGGACGGAGACGAGGACGGGUGGACAAAAUUCAUCACUCGACGGAGUGUUUAUGCUUGCAACAACAUGGACAAUAGGAUCAUUGUCCUUCUUUUAGGCGAUGUGAAUAUUGGGGAUUUACCAGAGGACUUACUGGAAGUGGUGCCGGAAGAACACAUACUGGAGGUGGAGGAAGACUGUGACGCUUUUAACCCGGUGUAUGAACAAAUAAGAAUGUUAAUCAUGAACAGAUAAUUAAUUACCCUGGUAAUGUUUAUGGAUUCACCUGGACUGACGGUUUCAGCUGCGUUUCUUUUGUGUAUAUGUUGCUGCUUAUCUUGGGUAUGCGUUGAUUUUAUGAACAUUCAGGAUUUCAAAAUUAGUUGUAUGACAUGAUAAAUUGACCAGAUAUGAUAUAUUAUAGGAUAAAUUGUAAGAGAUGUUACAUUCUCUAAUCCAUAGUGAGUUCCUUUCCAAUAAAGGAGACAUGUAAUUUUAUUACAAUUUUUAACGGAUGUGAUCAAUCUGCAGAUGUAUGACAAGAGGGAACAUCUCGAGUUUCCUAUCGUGAAUUUCCCCUUCAUAUCGCGCAAAAUACUUACGUACUCCAGAGCAUGUACAUUUUAUUCAAAUGUCAUUGAAACACAUUUUGUUGGCCUGUAUCGGGUGGUCAGGCUUGGUGACUUUGGUGAUAGUGUGGCAUGGUGCCCUGACGACGUGGAUCAUUGCUUAUGAUACCAAUCACUGUCUUGUCUGGUCGUCGUAUGGCAGCAUUAUUAAUAAUUCCGAGUGCGGCAUAAGGCAACACGCAAACAUUGACUUUUCCGAACCCAGCCUGAUUAUUUUCUGAUUAUUAUUUUUUGGCUUUUGAAUUAAUCCGAUUGACAAUUCACUCAAAUGUGUCCACCUUUAUGCAAGUUUCAAAUUGAUAUUUGAAGAAAUCAUAUCAAAAGUGAUCAAAAUUGCUUAGUUAACCUAAAGCUACAGUGCCCUUUUGCUUAUUAGGUGUUGGCGGCGAUAUCAGAGGCACUGUAAUGUGUGCGAGUGUCUGGGUUGAGAUACUGUCUUGGCUGCUGCCUGACGUUCUCAAACGAGUGACAGUUGGUCCACGCCAUCUGAGAGUUUCCUACCCUACGCGACGAAUGGCACAGGCGUGAGAUGAUGUCAAGUUUGAAUAAACAAACCCCACUCAUUCUACCUAUGUUAUUAUUGUGCCAGUGCAUCGGAAUCACCUUAUGGAUGAAACAUCCCUGCACGUUUACAUACCCUGUGCUUGCAUCAGGAUUUGAGAAUACCUUCCAUGAAUGUAGAAUACGCUACAUGAUAUACAGUUGUUGUGACUGGUGGAUGAUUUCU